UUACAUCUCUCGCGCUACACGUCAACGUACGGAAAUGUCAAUGUCAAUAUCAAUAUGUUAAUAAGGUGUCGGAAAUAAACACAACACGUAAAUUCCAUAUGCUGAUUCGCUUGCUGCAGAGUGAAAAACGUGCCGCUUAUCAAUGAUAUAUUCUUAUCAAUGUUGGUCAACUUUUGCAACACCACUUAAAGCAGUGCAAUAUGUUUAACAUACAGAAGGCCAAGUACUCGCCGGUGGAAAAUGAUAUAGAGGAGGAGACCGAGACGGUUGAUUUUGAACCAAUGAAACGGAAAUUGUGCACGCCGACUUGUCUCAGGUCCUCAAUAUUUACGUCUCUGCUAAUUGGAUCUUACUAUAUACCAUCCAUUGGCUUAACAUUCUACCAGAGAUGGCUGUUACAGGAAUUUCGAUUUCCGUUGAUGACUGUAAUAGUGCAUAUGACAGUGAAAUUGAUUCUGGCUGCGAUAAUAAGACAAAUCCUGAUAAAAGUUCAAAAACAGGAAAGGGUUAAAAUGGAGUGGAGGGAUCAUGUUGUACAAAUUGCACCAACUGGAGUAUGUAGUGGAAUAGAUAUCAGUUUUUCGAAUUGGGGCUUGGAACUUAUUACUGUUUCACUAUAUACCAUGACCAAGUCAACUACAAUAGUCUUUAUAUUGUUCUUUUCAAUAUUUUUCAAAUUGGAAAAAAAGUCAUGGACAUUGUGUGGAAUAGUAGGCAUGAUCACAGUUGGAUUGGUGCUUUUCACAUAUAAAGCAACUCAAUUCAACGUUCUCGGCUUCGUGUUACUUCUCCUGGCUUCGAUUUCUAGUGGCCUGAGGUGGACAUGCGUCCAAAUGUUGCUUCAAAAGUCGAAACUUGGCAUGAAGAAUCCCGUUGAUAUGAUCUAUCACAUGCAACCGUGGAUGAUUGCCAGCGUACUUCCUUUUGCUCUGUGGAUAGAAGGUGCAAACGUGUAUAAGUAUUUGUCUACUUAUGAAUACGACUCGUUAGUUCAGUUGGGCACAAAGGUUUUCUUUGGAGCUUUCUUGGCCUUUUAUUUGGAGUUCAGUGAAGUCAUGCUGGUAACAUAUACAUCCAGUUUAACUUUAUCCAUAGCGGGUAUUUUUAAGGAGGUGGUAAUUUUAGCUCUAGCUGUUGAAAUGAACGGCGACAUCCUGACACCAAUCAACGUCGUUGGAUUGAUCGUGUGUCUGUGCGGAAUUACCACCCACGUAGUCCACAAGAUUAGGACUACGCCAGCCCGUCAUUUGAGUCGUUGCGACUUUGAUUCGGAGCGUUUGGAGAUUCAAAAGCAGCUCAUCUAUCAGGAUCCAGAUGAUGAAGAAGAGGAAGAUGUGAAACUGGACGACAGCGACGCGGAAAAAAGCGACUCUCAGGUUUUGUUCGAUAUAUUGAACAGGCAUGAUAGGUAGGCUUAGGUAGAGUUACGUGAGCCGGUCCGGACACUGAAUAGUGCGACUGCUAACGGUUCCAGUAAGAAACAGAGGGAGAAAUCAUUAUACCCUUUGUGAUUUGACGGAAGCGAUCGAGGACUGUGGUGUGAUUUUCUCAAAAUUUUGUUUGCGAGUUGUACGCUGGAACGUUAGCUGUUGUGUGUAACAUAUUUUGGGUUUUUU